AUGACGGCAGAUAUGGAGACACAGAACGAUUAUGAGGAAGGACUUCCUGGUCCUGGAGCGCCCACUCCGCUCUCAGCUCUGGAGGGCGUUGCAGGACUGACUGGGCGAGAUAUCAAACUCUUCGUUGACGCCGGCUACCACACCGUUGAGGCAAUCGCGUAUACGCCGAAGCGCUUGCUGGAGCAGAUCAAAGGGAUUUCGGAGCAAAAGGCCACCAAGAUCCUGGUCGAGGCGGCGAAACUUGUACCCAUGGGCUUCACGACAGCUACGGAGAUGCAUGCGCGACGAAGCGAGCUCAUAUCGAUCACCACUGGUUCUAAGCAAUUAGACACUCUCCUUGGCGGUGGCAUCGAGACGGGGUCGAUCACGGAGAUCUUCGGCGAGUUCAGAACAGGAAAGAGUCAAAUAUGUCAUACCCUUGCGGUGACCUGCCAGCUGCCUUUUGACAUGGGCGGUGGAGAGGGAAAGUGUCUGUAUAUUGAUACCGAAGGAACUUUCCGUCCGGUGCGUUUGUUGGCGGUUGCCCAACGAUACGGACUUGUGGGCGAGGAGGUUCUGGACAAUGUGGCUUAUGCUCGAGCCUAUAACUCGGAUCAUCAGCUUCAACUGCUUAACCAGGCCUCACAGAUGAUGUGCGAAACUCGCUUUUCGCUUCUCGUUGUCGAUUCGGCUACUUCAUUGUAUCGAACAGAUUUCAACGGCCGUGGCGAGCUGUCUACGCGUCAGACCCAUCUGGCGAAGUUUAUGCGGACUCUGCAGCGUCUCGCGGAUGAAUUUGGGAUCGCGGUCGUUAUCACGAAUCAGGUCGUCGCCCAGGUAGAUGGUGGCCCGAACAUGUUUAACCCUGAUCCCAAAAAGCCCAUCGGUGGAAACAUCAUUGCACAUGCUAGUACGACAAGAUUGAGUUUGAAGAAGGGGAGGGGAGAGACUCGAGUAUGUAAGAUCUACGACAGUCCGUGUCUUCCGGAGAGUGACUGUCUCUUCGCCAUCAAUGAAGAUGGAAUUGGAGACCCCAGCCCCAAGGAUCUGGAGCAU